GUUAGGCAACGCUCUGAUACUCGAUCAAAUGAGUGUUCUGCUGAUUGUGCCGAACAAUCAAACAAUGCGGCGCUCUCUGCGGUGGAAUUCGAGUGCCGUCACAGGUCACGUGCCGUCUCCGACCUCGUCUCCGCCGAACCGCAAGAACCCUCCGUCUUCAGUUCCGAUUCGAGAUUGGCGUUCUGUGAAGUAACUACAGUCAUUUUCAGCAUACAGUAUGUGUUACUCACUCCUUUCCCUGCUGAUGCAACCUAUUCGAAGCUAACUGCAUCCCAACCUCUACAGCCAUGGCGGGCAAAUCUUCCCACCCUAUCCACAUCCACCCGGUCCGACCGCUCUACCGCUUCACUGCCACUGCAUUGGGCGCUAGCAUGUGGUUCUUCCUUAUGUACCGGGCCAAGAAGGAUGGUGCCGCUCUGUUGGGCUGGAAGCACCCUUGGGACCACUGAUCGGACUAUAACCGUCAAUUUCAUUUUUCCUGCGCGGCCGCUCUGCUGCUCAGAGCCAUAG